AGAGAAGAGCGGUAACCAGGGAGCAGGGAGCGCCGAGGGAUCAGAUCCGACCCGAGAGAGAGGAAGAUCGGUCCGGUCGCCCUGCAAACAGCGGUGGAGCGGUUACUCCCUACUGCUGGCUAUGAGCCCCUUGCUCCCACUGCUGAUCGCCCUGCUCCUCGGGGAAGGCCAUGCCUCCUCAUUCACCCUGCAGCCUGAGGACAGAGUCGUGGUGGCUGGUCACCCAGUCACCCUGUCCUGCGCAGUCGCAGGCUAUCGCGGGAUCGUUCUGUGGACAAAGGACGGACUUGGGUUGGGGGUUGAGAAGCAGCUGCCAGGCUUCCCACGUUACUCCAUUGUGGGGGACCACGCAGCCGGUGAAUACAGCCUCCGCAUCGAGAAGGCCCAGCUCAUCGACGACGCGGUGUACGAGUGUCAGGCCACGCACGCUGCCCUGAGAUCACAGCCAGCACGGCUGACCGUGCUCAUACCUCCGGACAAUCCAGUGAUCAGCAACGGGCCGGUGGUGAGCCUGAAGGUCGGAGACUCCCUGAACCUGACGUGCCGCGCAGACAAUGCCAAGCCAGCGGCUGUCAUCACCUGGAUACGAGACGGAGAGCCCCUGAGCGGAGCCACCUACAUAAAGAGGCUCCUGAAGGAUGGGAAACGAGAGAGUAUUGUCAGCAGCCUGCACAUCCCACCGUCUGAAAUCGAGAAUGGCCAGCGUAUCAUUUGUAGAGCGAAGAAUGCGGCGAUCCCGGAGGGGAGGGAGGCCGAGGUUACCAUCGAUAUCCAACACCCACCUCUGGUGAACCUGACAAUGGAGCCACAACCCGUUCUGGAAGGGAGCACAGUGAAGUUUCGAUGCUCUGCAAAAGCAAAUCCUGCCGUUAGUUUGUACAGGUGGGCGAAGGGCGGCCAGCCACUGCGGGGAGUUCAGGGUGACACGUAUGAGACAGUUGUGGACUACACCUUCUUCACGGAGCCCGUGUCUUGCGCUGUGUCCAACCCAUUGGGAAGUACAAACAUCAGCCGAACCGCCGACGUUUACUUCGGACCCCGGCUGACCUCUGAACCCCAGUCCCUGGCCGUGGACCUGGGCUCGAGUGCCGUCUUCAACUGUGCCUGGACCGGAAACCCAUCUCUCACCAUCGUGUGGAUGAAGCGAGGCUCUGGGGUGGUUCUCAGCAACGAUAACACCAUGACUCUGAAGGCCGUCACCCAGGAGGAUGCUGGGAAGUACGUCUGCAGGGCUGUUGUACCGCGAGUUGGUGCCGGGGAGAGGGAGGUCAGCCUGACGGUCAACGGACCCCCCAUCAUCUCCAGCACGCAGAUGCAACACGCUCUACAGGGGAAGAAGGGCCAAAUCAAGUGCUUCAUCCGCAGUACGCCUCCACCUGACCGAAUAGCCUGGUCAUGGAAGGAGAACGUUCUGGAAUCAGGGACCUCAGGACGUUACACAGUGGAAACAGUAAGCAUGGAGGAAGGAGUGAUCUCGACACUGACCAUCAGUAACAUUGUUCGUGCCGACUUCCAGACAAUUUACAACUGCACGGCCUGGAACAGCUUUGGCUCUGACACAGAAAUCAUUCGCCUGAAAGAACAAGAGGCGCUCUCAUUGCCUGUCGUCAUCGGCGUGGCAGUUGGUGCUGGAGUGGCAUUCGUUGUUGUCUUUGCAACCAUCAUGGUCAUCUGCUGCUCACGCUCCCAGAGAAAUGUUAAAGGUGAUGUUUCUGCCAAGAAUGAGAUCCGUGUAGAGAUUGUCCACAAUGGAGCCCAGCAGCCAGGAGACCAGGCUGCGAUUCAAAAUGUAAUGAUUAACCGGGGAGAGUUUGAGCAGGACCCCGUGCUGAAACAGCUGGAAGUCCUCAAGGAAGAAGAGAAGGAAUAUCAGCACAUCAAGGAUCCCACCAAUGGUUACUACAGCGUCCACACCUUCCCAGAGCUCAGGCCAGCUGCGGGAACCGGCACCGUGGGCUGCGCACCUGACCAGAGACCGUCGGUGAAGCAGCGGGUGCCCACGGGCAUGUCCUUCUCCACCCUCUACACGCAGCUGAGCGCCGCCAACCGCAUGUACGAGUAUGGGCAGCGCUUCGUGCUGGGCAAUGGCAGCAGCUCCAUAGAGCUGUGCGAGCGGGAGUACCAGCGGGGCUCCAUCAGCGACAGCAACUCCUUCCUCGACAACCAGUGCGACAGCAGCAUCAGCAGCAACAGCAAGCAGGACAGCUCCGUCCAAUUCGACGAGGCCAGCAAGGCGUCCGCCUCGUCCCACUACUCCCACUCGUCCUCCCAGAACUCAGACUUAACGCGGCCACUGCAGAGGCGGAUGCAGACCCAUGUCUAA